CCAUUCUUCUCAUAUCUCUUCCAUUUACUCCCCAUGCUUUCCAUUCUAUGAAUGCAAAUUGUCACACUUUCAAACAAACCAGUUUUAAAGCGGUGUUAAUUAGCUUCUUCUUCCUCUUUCUCCUCUCUAUAUAUACCCCCUUACUUUCCCACUUCAAACUUCACCUCCUCUUUAUCUUAGUCAUUCUCUUAGCCAUGGUUUCCUCUGAUGCCAUUAGGUCUGCUGUUGGAAUCCUUGGGAAUGUGAUUGCACUUGUGCUGUUCUUAUCACCAGUGCCAACUUUUGUGAGAAUAUGUAAGAACAAAUCAGUUGAACAGUUCUCACCAAUUCCCUACUUGGCAACUCUUCUAAACUGCAUGAUGUGGGUGGUGUAUGGCCUGCCCCUUGUGCACCCCAAAAGCAUGCUUGUGAUAACCAUCAACGGCGCCGGAACAGUGAUCGAGCUCACUUACAUCCUUCUCUUCCUCAUCUACUCCAAUGGGAAGCAAAGACUUAAGGUUUUGGUUAUGUUGAUUGCCCAGAUCAUCUUUGUCAUUGGCUUAGCAUUGCUUGUGAUUGGCUUCGCUCAUACAUAUUACCAAAGAUCGAUGAUUGUGGGUAUCUUAUGCGUAUUUUUUGGUACCAUGAUGUAUGCUUCACCUCUAUCAGUUAUGAGGUUGGUGAUUCAGACAAAGAGUGUGGAGUUCAUGCCAUUGUUUCUCUCUUUGGCUUCCUUCUUCAAUGGUCUUUGUUGGACCACUUAUGCCCUUAUCCGUUUUGAUCUCUACAUCACUAUUCCGAAUAGCCUUGGGGUGAUCUUUGCAGUUGGGCAACUUCUACUGUAUGUUCUGUACUAUAAAUCAACAAAGAAACAGAAGGAGGAGAGGAAAAAGAAGGGGGAAAUAGGGCUUGCCGAGGUGGUGGUGGCCAAUGGGGAUUCCAAUAAGGUUUCAGAGUGGGCAAAUAACUGAUAUAAUUAACUAGUGCUACUUAAUUAUCUCAAAACAAAAAUAUAUAUAUCACAUGUUGUUGGCCUUGGUUAAUGGUUUUUUCUUGUCAUGUGUCUGACUUCUUUGGACUGCUUUUGAUGUCAUUAUAUAAGAAAGAAGUUGUGGAAAUGACUCAUUUGUGUCAAUUAGGACGUCUCUUUUACUUCAUUUAUAGAUCUCCCCUGGGCUUGAAUUUCCCUCCCUAAUAAAAUGUUAAAAAAAUAUAUAAUAGUUGAACAUUAAAUAC